UCUCUUUUGUUUCCUUUAAUGUCACCUCUUGUAACAAAAACACAAGUACUUUGUAAUGUUCUUUGAGAAUCUUUCACAGUUAUAACUUAUAAGGUGUUAUUUUCAAGAAUUAAGAUUUGCAUAUUUGACCAAAGGCAAGAAUGAAGAACAAAAUCAGUUCUCACAUAAGGAAAUUUAUUCCCUGUUCUGUGACAGCCAAUACAUCUCCUAAUCAUUCUAUCGAUAUUGAUGUUCGUGAAGAGUAUGCUAAUGCCUUUCGUACUGAAUCCUACAUUGACUUUUGGACACGUGUCAUUGCCAUAUCCAAUGCUGAUUACGCCACUGCUAUUCCGGCCGAGUCCACUAGCUCAGCUCGGCUCCCAUCCUAUCGUUUAUUCAUGGAACAUCUUUUGGAUCCAGAUCAGCCUACAGUAACACACAUUUUAUCCUCGGCCCAUAACCGGCCCAAAAUCCAUGCACUACUCUCUGAAUAUUUCACCCAAACUGCCAAUGCUUCCAUUCUAUGUGGUAUUCUAUUAAAUGACAUUGAGAAGACACGUGGCAAAUACCGUUAUCUUAAAACCUCAAUCCAAUCAGUGGGGGGAGGAAGCCACACAAUCUCAAACCAACUCACUGAAUUCUCUUGCUCCAUCAACCCAUUUACGUCUCCAAUAUCGUCUCCAAGUCGAGUUCGAAUUGUCCAAACGGGUUGUUCUGGAUUACUCCAUAGGCUCGAAGUAAGUCGCGACAAAGCUCGAGCCAAGCUUCAACUCAUAAACAAGCUAAAACACGGCUCGGCAGUUGUCCUCGUGGCUUUGAUGGCUUCAUUGAGCGUGAUUGUUGUGACUCAUGCACUCUCACUUGUUGUAGCCAUUCCAAGCUUGAUUUCUGCUUCAAUUGAAUUGGCAUCAUCAAGGAAGUUGGCUAGGAUGACGGCGCAGCUCGAUGCAGCCGCAAAAGGGACCUACAUACUAAAUCGAGACUUGGAUAUAAUUAGCCGACUCGUCGCUCGACUAAAUGAUGAGCUGGAGCAUUUACGUGGAGUUGUUCAGUUUUGGAUCAAGCGAGGAGGACAAGAUUGGCUCAAAGUUAGCAGCGAAGUGGCACACCAGCUUAAGAAAAAUGAGUCAAGCAUUAAUGAGCAGCUUGACGAGCUUGAAGAACACUUGUAUCUAUGCUUUAUGACCAUAAACCGAGCUAGAAGCCUAGUGGUGAAAGAGAUGUUCAAUCCGGGUCAACCCACAAAACAUCAUUGUAUAUUAUUAUCAAAUUAGUAAUUUUGUAAUCAAAUCACAAUAAUAUUUAUAUAAGUAUGAAUAACAAUUAUUGUUUGGCUUGUAAAUUGUAAAUUGUAUAAGGUGACUCAACCUUAAAAUGUACUUCAAUUCUAUCUUCCAAGCACCUUAACAUAGACAAUUCAAGUUUUUUA